AUAAAUUGUAACAAACAAUAUCAAGUAUGUAAAUAAGGUUUUGUUCCUGCAUAAUUAUAUAUAUAACGCCUAUUUUCGGUGGAAAAAAAAAUAUAUAUAUUUCAAAACAAUCAUUUUUUUUUCUCGGUCAGUAAAACAACAAAAAUAUUUUUCGAACAUUGUUUAAUAAAAAGUCUUUUUCUUAAUUGAUGGGAUUCACAAAAACAACCAAAAAUCGACAAAAACGACAGAGUUUAUAUAAAACAAUUCAUUACUUACUCACAUAUAACGAUGACGAGAUCGAUAGAACUCAUCAUCAACACUACGUCUACCGAGAGAUAUGGUCCGAGGAUUUUUCGGCUCCUGUCAAAAAUUUAUUAAUAAGUGGUGUCGAUGUUUUAGAUAUAGGAUGUGGGCCAGGAACUUGGAUUUUGGAAUUAGGAACAAAAUAUGAAAAAUCUAAUUUUAAGGGUAUUGAUGCGUUCGCUUUUUUUCCAUCCACCAUAAAACCUCAAAAUGUCUCAUUCGAACAACAUAAUAUUCUUAACGGUCUACCGUUUGAGAAUAAUAAAUUUGAGUAUGUCAUCAUGAGAUUUAUGAUGUUCUCGCUUUCCCUAAAAGAAUGGGAGAAUGUCAUCAAUGAGAUGGUUAGAGUAUGUAAACCAAAUGGUUGGAUAGAAAUUAUGGAAGAUGAUCUGGUACUUCAUAAUAGAGGACCAAGAACAGAUUUAAUGAUGAAGAUAAUUAUAGAUGAACUAGAAAGAAAAGGAGUCGAGACCAUAAUUACUCCACAUAUACUCAAGUUCUUAGAAACAAAUCCUGAGUUACCCAACAUAGCCAAUGAUGAAAGGUAUAUACAGUUGGGUAAGUGUAAUAAAGUAGGGGAAUUAUACUUAGAAAGUCUUAAAUGGGGUGCAAAAAAUCUAUUUGAAUCUGAACAUUUAUUUGAAAGAGGACUUAGAGGAGUAAGGUAUGAUGGACUUAUAGAAGAUUUCGUACAAGAAUGUAAUGAAGAGUGUACUUUUACUACGAGCGUAAGAUUUUACGCUCGAGUAAAUAAGAAACAUGUGGUGGAGACAAAGAAAAAUUCUUCAAAGAUAAAAGAAUUCUUUAAAAAACUACAAAAAUUUAAAAAAUUUAAAAUUUUGAAGAAAUUAUCACCCGUUUAAUUAUUUACUAUCAUAAUUAUUAUUUAAUUUAAUUUAAUUUAAUUUU